CCCGCGGCCCCCACACCCCACUGCUACCCACCGCGGCCACGCCCUGGCAGACGCAGCUCGGUUGGGUGCCCUGCGCAGCCUCCCCCGGCCAUGGGCACCCCAGCCCUGGCGGCUGCCCCGCACAGUCCUGCUCCUCAUCCUCAGGUAGACCAGGAGCCCAGGCACACCGAAAGCUGAGCAGUGUGCCCUGUGCAGGGUGAGGUUGGUGAAGGGCUGAAGGCUGAUUGUAGCCAGAAGAUGGACAGAGUCACCAGGCACAUGGUCUUCCAGCUCCCAGAGACCAGGUAUGACUACAGUGAUGCUCACCAAGCUGACAGUGAAGAUGAUGUCUUUGGCUCAGCUCCACAUGGCAGCCAGAGGGUGGAAAGCAGCUACAGCUGGAAAACGAGGUCAAAGUCAUCAUCUCCAUUCCUGGAUGAUGGAAGAGACCUCUGGAUCUCAUCCCCAGACAGGGAGGCCAAGCUGGAUGUGGUGAAGUCAGGAAGCCUGUACGACCUCAGGGCUUACAAGGGUGAGAGGAAACCCUCAAAGCUUUAUGAUGAAGAUGAGCAGGACCAGCACAGGGUCCCUCCUCCAAACAUCUCACCCGAGAAGGCCAAAGAGCUCGAGGACGAGAGGAGGGAGAUCAUCCGGAGCCAGGCGCUAAAGAAGAGCUCCACCAUCGCUGAGAGGUGGAGCUCCAUGGAUGAGCUGAGCUCCAUAAACACCAGCACUGGCAGCCAGGCUGACGGCAGGCACACAGGCAGCUUCUCCACCAGCUUUGCCAUUACCUUCGACAGGCCCUCCUCGAGGAGGGCAGCGACCCCAGUGGACUCUGAAAACAUCGACACGGAGCAGAUCAACUUCUCUGCUGCUCGGCAGCAGUUCCUGAUGCUGGAGAAGACCAGCCCAGGUUCCUUUUUCAGCCCAGGACAACAGGCCAUGUCUCCAAAGCCAGAGUCAAUGACAAAAGCCUCCAGGCAAGAGUGGCACAGUCCUGAGACGGCCAGAAGUGCUGCCAGAGGUCAGGGCAAUGCUGGCACGCCCAGCCAGAGCAGGACGGACAGGACUGUCUAUCAGGUCUACAGUGUGGCCUACAAGACACCUGUGAAGGAGGAGAUUUAUGCUCCCAGCAGCAGGUUGUAUCCCGCUGGGAAGAUGUCCACCUUGACUAAGGCAUCCUCCAGAGAGGACCUGGACUCUGGCUUGGGUGAGAUGUACAACGAAGCCAGCGCAGGCUACGGCAGCGAUGGAAGCACAUCCAAUGAGGUCUUCAAUGGCCUGGUGGAGCUGAGGACCAGCAGCAACGGCCUGGACAAGGAGACAAAGGUCAGCAACGAGACACCCAUUGAGAGGGAGAUCCGCAUGGCGAUGGAGAGGGAGGAGAACCUCUGGAAGGAGAGGGGGAUCCAGCGGCUGACCUCCGGCAGCGAGAUGGUGGAGAUCCAGACCAAGCCUCUCUUCUCCAUGCACACCUCACCCGGGCCAGGCAGGAAAGGGAAGGACAAUGGCCGCGCUUCCCUUUACGUCCAGAGGGAAAUCGAGCAGGAAACCAAGCGUGAGGAAGAUCUGAGGAGGCAGGGGAGGCUGCCGGGGACCUACGACAGGGGCACGCAGCAGGAGCUGGACGAGCGCAGGAGGGUGUUUGAGCAGGAGGAAGCUCCCCCCCAGAAGCCCACCCCCACGAGGAAGGCAGAGGAGCGGAGGAGCUGGGUGAGUGAGUUUGUGGUGGAGCAGCCCCCGAGCCACAGUCCCCUCCCUGAAGAAGACACCAGGGCUAGUAGAAGGCUUCCCAGCUACCCGACGAGCAUCACACUCUUCCAGACCACCCAGCCGCGCUUUGCCACCAGCGAGAAGAGCCAGGACCAGCCGCGGCUGUCCCAGCUCGCUCCCACCAGCACCAGCAGACGGAGCGAGGACUCCUGGGCUCGAAGGCUUCCCAGCUCCACCCCGAGCCCCACCAGCACAGCUGUCCUGCCCAGGGAGUACUUCUCCCUCUCCUUCUGGAAGCCCAAGUUCUACGUCUUAGACGACAUGGGGACACAGACCCCGCUGAGAAGGGAGGAUGGCCGGGAGGAGCAGUACAAGCUGAGGACCUGGAAGCCCCAGACCUCGGCGCUGAUCGAGGAAGAGAUCCGGAGCGACUUGCAGAGGGAAGAGGAGCUGCAGGAGCAGCGGCGGCGGCGGCAGCAGCUGCUGGAUGGCUACUCCCUGGUCAGCAGCGACGGCGCUCUCCAGGAGGGCUCCCGCUCAAGGCACAGCUCGGCUGCCUCGGGUGCCAGCGGCAGCUACUCGGUCUCUGGCUCUCCUGUCUCCAGUCCUGCCCCACACCAGGGGGUCCUGAGGCUGGUGUCGUCCUUCACGCCGCUGAGAGUGGCCAGCCCCUCCCAGGGCAGCACAGAGACCCUCGGCUCUGACUCGGCUCGUUCCAGCCCCUUCGAGGAGCGGAGGAGGAGGGUGAAGGAGGAUGGAAAGUAUGCAGGCAUCGAACCUGUUGACAAGGUCAACACAGAGGUGGUGGAAAGCACCAGGGUGAUCCGGCACAAGAGCGCCAUGGCCCAGCGCUGGGAGGCUGGGCAGUACGUGCGGGACGACGACUGAGAGGCUCGGGGGGGGGGGGGGGCCACUGAGAGAGGGAGGAAGGGGCAAGGCCACCACAGAACCCUCCCCAGUUUGGCACCACCUGGCACACCACGACAGAAGCACCCUUUCAGUUCAGAAGCUCCUGGUUAACUACCUGAAUCAGAGACUUUGUACAUAGAAAAUCACCUCCACUUUUAGCACCUCAACCCCCUCAAGAUGAUCCAGGGGGUCAGCCCCACUCUCUUCCCCCCCCCCCCCCCCCCCCCCCCCCCAUCCCCACGGUGAUGUUUUUGCUCCAGAAAGGGAAAAAAUGUUGAUCACUUCCUUUUAAUCACUGCAAGAGAUGCUCAGAAGGGCCCCAUACUGUAAUUUCACUUCCCACUCCAGCUGUGCCUCUGGCUGACCAAAAAAAAAAAACCCAAACCCACCACAAAGACCAACCCCAACCUUAUUUUAUUCCUGGGGGGAGGGUCAAAAGCUUUUGAAGUCCCCCAGGAUCAGGCCCCACCUCGGAGUGGCCCCGGAUGGCAGGUCAAGAUUGGCCUCGCACCUGGGAAAUCAACGUUUCUGCUCAGCCCGGGUGAUCUGCUGAGCUGCAGCAACCCAGUGGAGAAACAGGAAUAGAAACGCUGUUUAUGUGGCUAAUUUAUUAAAGACUCGUUGCUCUUC